GGUGGAAAGUUGCAGCUUUAGGGCGAUAUAUAGACCACAUGUUAUGGGAAGGAAUGCACGUGUCUUUGUAGGAGAGCGAAGGAGCAAAUGAGAAGAAGCGAGGAGGGAGGGAUCCAGAGCCCGGCUGCAGCGUGGCUCUGUGUCUGAAUGAAAGAGUCUCUCUCUCUCUCUCUCUCUCUCUUCCACCCUGCCUGUAUGUAUGGCUCAUGUCCGCUGCAGCAAGUGACCGCAUUUCCACAGCAGCUCUCUCCAAGUGACUCCAGGCUGGAAGUAAAUACUUUUGCCAGAUCGUUGUCUGAAGGUGCAGCUUUUACUUUCCAUUUUGACAUUUUCGCCCUCGUCCCACGGAGCUGGACUACGUCUCAGAGGACUGCGUUGAGUCUCUCCACGUCAACAGGGAACGAAACUUGGGAGCUGAAUCCAGUUCACGCACGUGACUGCGAUGCUGCCAUUUAAUCUGGGGCCGACCUUUUAACCAGAGCGAGCGAGCGCUCCGUGUGCGUUAAGGCAGGUGUGAUGCUGCGUCACUCUGUGGGUUCAACACAUGCAUUCAGGCUUCUACAAACACACACGGAUGCUUAGGGACAUUAGAUGAGAACAUCUACAGGGUUAAUAAUCCUGAACCUGCCACAUGCUGGUGUACAGGCUCUUCUCAUGCAUCAACCUAAAAUAUUAUAAACUGAUUUGACACGUGGUUGGGUUAAAUUGCAAACUAUUCUGAACCGAGGGCAACAUCUUUGUAUCAUGAUUCCAAAGAGCUACAGGCUGGUGCUCCAUCGCGUCCCGAUUCCUACCUCCCCCUGCCGCGUUCUCCGGCUCUGCCUGCUGCUGCUCCUCCAGGCCUGGUGGGGGCGCUGUCACCCUCAGUGUUUGGACUACAAGCCACCGUUUGGCCCUCGGCAGCCGCUGGGCUUCUGCCAAGAGUACUCGAAGUUUGGAUGCUGCGAUUUGGAGAAGGAUGAGGAGAUUGCCAGCAGGUUCCAGGUCAUUAUGGAAAACUUCGACCACUCGGGUUUCAGCACCUGUGGCGAGUACAUUCGCAACAUCCUCUGUCAGGAGUGCUCUCCUUACGCCGCCCACCUCUAUGACGCUGAAGAUGCCAACACACCUAUGAGGGCACUGCCCGGACUGUGUGGCGAUUACUGCCUGGAGUACUGGCACCGCUGUCGCUACACCCUGAGCCUGCUCCUGGAGGACCUGGGCAGCCCACAGCAGUUUGCAAACUGGACCACGGCGGCGGAGGAAGAUCGUGCGAGGUUCUGUGGCCUCCUGGAGCUGAAGGACAAGCAGUACUGCUUCCCCAACGUGCUGACGAACAGAGAGCUAAACGCUAACCUCGGCGCCGUGCGGGAGGAUCCUACGGGCUGCCUGGAGCUGUGUUUGCAGGAAGUCGCCAAUGGGCUCCGCAACCCCGUGGCCAUGAUCCACGCCGAUGAUGGGACUCAUCGGUUUUUCGUAGCAGAACAGCUGGGCUACGUGUGGGUGUAUUUGGCCAAUGGCUCCAGGAUCGACCGCCCUUUCCUUAACCUCACCAAGGCCGUCCUCACGUCGCCGUGGGCUGGAGACGAGAGGGGCUUCCUCUGCAUAGUCCUGCACCCAAGGUUCACUACAGUCAAAAAAGCCUACGUCUACUACUCUGUGUCUGUCAAGAAGGAGGAGAGGAUACGCAUCAGCGAGUUCACCCUGUCAACACAUGAUGAGAACCAGCUGGACCACACCUCCGAGAGGACCAUCCUCGAGGUGGUGGAGCCGGCGUCCAACCAUAAUGGAGGCCAGCUUCUGUUCGGCCACGACGGCUAUCUGUACAUCUUCAUUGGCGACGGCGGGCGAGCCGGCGACCCGUUUGGAAAGUUUGGCAACUCACAGAACAAGUCUGCCCUCCUCGGGAAGGUGCUCCGCAUUGAUGUCGACAACAACGAUGACGGUGCCCCGUACAGGAUUCCCUCAGACAACCCCUUCCUGAGAGACAACGACGCACGAGGCGAGAUUUAUGCCUAUGGAGUCCGCAACAUGUGGCGCUGCUCCAUCGACCGCGGUGACGCCGGCACCGGCCGGGGCAGAGGCAGGAUGUUCUGUGGCGACGUGGGCCAGAACAAAUACGAAGAGGUGGAUCUCAUUGUUAAAGGAGGUAACUAUGGAUGGAGGGCCAAGGAAGGAUUCAGCUGCUACGAUCGCAAACUCUGUCAGAACUCAUCUUUAGAGGACACCUUGCCAAUAUUUGCCUAUCCCCACAAACUGGGCAAAUCAGUGACAGGAGGGUACAUCUACAGAGGCUGUCAGAUGCCCAACCUCAACGGACUCUACAUCUUCGGGGAUUUCAUGAGUGGCCGUCUGAUGUCCUUGAAGGAGAACGUCAGCACAGGUGAAUGGCAGUAUAAUGAGAUCUGCAUGGGACGGGACCAGACCUGCAGAUUCCCCAAGCUCAUCAACAGCUAUUAUAAAUACAUCAUCUCUUUUGCUGAGGAUGAGUCAGGUGAACUGUAUUUCUUAGCCACAGGGGUCGCGAGUGCCACGGCCAGAGCAGGGGUCAUCUAUAAAAUCGUGGACCCUUCCAGGCGAGCACCACCAGGAAAAUGCAGCAUCAAGCCCUCACCGGUUAAGAUUAAGGGAAAACUGAUUCACUUCCACCCUAAAGAAGAGUUGGUAAUCAACAAGAAACCGACCACCACACCCAUUCCCACGACGACGAGAAAGACUACGACGACCACAACAAAGAAGCCCAAGAGGAAGCCUAUAGUCAUAAUUAAACCACCAAUGCCGACAAGGAAGACAGUGAGAAAAACGCAAAUAACGCCACCGUCGGCAGAAACCAGAAAAACAACCGUAGAGAAAACAAUGAGAAAGGCAACAGUUCCUCCAACAACGGUAAACACGGUCCAGACGGCCUUGACAACAACCCCCGCCACCGGUGAGCCUAGUGGUGCCCCUGAAUAUGUCCGCUCCACUGAUAACGCAACCUGCAGGUCAGCAGUGAGCUCCAGCAGCCGGUCAGAUGGUAGGACUAACAGUAGCCCCACCCGUGGGCCGGUGCGAGGAGACGCCUGCAUGCUCAAAUCAGGUUAUCGCACAACCGUCAUGACUGCAGCCUCUUCUAGGAUUCCUCAAACCCCAACGAGCAGCGCGCCUCCAACAAGGAGACCCCCUAGUUUCACCCCAGCACAGCCUCCCCCCUUUUCAACCUCCCCAAAACAGCCCCAGCUGUCCCUGUCUGCCGCCCAGUACUCCGAACGGGCCGGGGAGCCUCAAGACUGGAGCCAGAGGCCCACCGUGUCAGCCUCGAAGCCCCCGAUCAACACCACUAUGGCUGGAACGCAAGAGCUGUGCCUCGCGGAGAAGCAGGGAAGUGCUGGAGACGGCAACCGAGUCUGUAAGACGCCCAGAGGACAAGGUAGAGGUCAAGGCCAGAGGGGAGGCCGGAGGAGGCUGCGGCCCGGAGCCGUGAGGCUGGUGAGCACCGACGGCCGCUCAGAUCGAGGCAGAGUGGAGGUCUUCGUCCUGAAGCAGUGGGGGACGGUGUGCGACGACCUGUUCACCAUGCAGGCGGGUGCGGUGGUGUGUCGACAGCUGGGCUUCACGCGGGCGCUGGAGGUGAAGGCCAGGGCGGCGCUGGGGGCGGCGGACAGGGGCGUCCGCAUCCUGCUGGACGACGUGGAGUGUGAGGGCGGAGAGCGAUCGCUGCUGGAGUGCAGGAGGGCCAAGAUUGGGAAACACAACUGCUCGCAUAGAGAAGACGUAGGAGUGAUCUGUGGUUAGGGUCGCAACAGGACGGGACCUUUAAAAGACAUUCAUGUGUUCAUGUUGGGGAUUUUCUAUUGCCAAAACCCAUGAUGAACUGUAUUUCUUGUAUUUCUGUUUUAUACAUAGAUGGUUUAAAAUUUUUACCCACAUGUCCACGACACACGAUUUAUGAUGACAAUGACUUUUUACUAAUUCUUAAACCCAGGUCAAUAAUCAACAUUUGGAAAUUUGUGGGAAGAGUUUAACCAGCAGUGUUGUACAGAAUUGUUUGUUAAAAGUUGUUAAAUGCUUAAGAUUUAAGCAUCAUUUUGUUCAUAAAUGUUGGAUUUGACAAAAGUGCUUCGAAUGGACUAAGUUAGUUUAGAAGAAAGAGUUUUUUUAAAUAAUCAGCUUAAUUCUCAGAAGAAUUUUGUAUUUUUGUAUUCAAACACUUCAGCAGGUCUAUUUUCUGUGUGUGAAUGUAGUUUAAAGGAGAUGCUGGACAUUCUGUACAAUGAAUGUAAUACAUUUAUUUCAGUGUUAUUAAAAAGAUUUAAA